UCUGACUGACUGAUGAGAGAACCUGUUUCUCCCCAUAGCCUCCUCGGCCAAGCGCACAGCCGCAGCGACCCGCAGCUGCGGCGGCUCAAAGUGAGCCGUGGGUGGGCAUGUCGCAGGACCGGCCCCUUUUGACGGUGGAAGAUGUCGAGGCGGGGGAGCCGCAGAGCUUGAGCGUGGCGGGCCGCAAGCUGCAGCGGCAAUGCUCCAAGGCGAUGCUGCGCUAUGGGCUUAGCUCACAGGUGAAGAACGAGGGCUCCACGGCCCGGGAUCACCUGGCCAACGAGCGCACCUUCCUGGCCUGGCUCCGCACGGGCCUGUCGCUCACCGGCGCGGGCUUCGGCAUCGUGAAGUUCCUGCCGGGGGUAUUUACCAACCUCAUCCUGGGCUUCACCCUCAUCGGCGUGGGCAUUUCCGUCCUCGUCUUCGGCGCCUCAAGGUACUAUGAUGUGAUGCACUCGCUGGAGCGUGGCGAGUUCGCGAUUGACACAGGCGGCGUUUUGCUGGUGGUUGGGUGUGCUGGUAUUCUUGUGGUUUUGGUGGUCCUACUGGGCCUCGGCCACAUGUUCUUGCACCCGGAGGAGCUGGCUCGGUUAGGCUAGAUGCGGCUGUGCGUCUGGUGGUGGCUCGACGCCAUGCCGCGCGUUUGUUUGAGAUGCUCGCUGGAUGCCUCGAAGCUUCAGGGAUCCCAGUUGCUCAGUGGUACCUUUUUCGCUGUGUUGCUUGCAUUGCUUGCUUGGUUCCCCCAA